UGAUGACAUUAUUUAUCGUGAAAUGAUAUUUCUCUUAUGGAAACAUCAACUGAGCCUUGAAUAUAUCGAUUUAGUGGAAUCUUUAUUCAAAAUGUAUUUGCUCAUAAUGAUCAUCAUGAAUCUCAUUGGUAUGAGUCUCCUCGGAUUUCAAAUAAUUACUUUCAUGAAUAAAAAAGUAGAGCUAUUGACAUACGUAUCAAUGUUAAUAGGUGGCUUCAUACAUCUUUUCGUUUUGAGUUAUCCCGGACAAGAAAUAAUAGACCAUAGCACAGAUAUAUUUCAUAAAGCAUACAACAUGCUGUGGUACAGAAUGUCGCGAAGAACGACACAGCUACUGAGAGUAUUACUUAGAAGGAGUCUUGUGCCUUGUACAUUAACGGCUGGCAAUAUGUACGUGAUGUCAUUGCAGAAUUAUGCUUCGGUGUUACAAGCAACUCUAUCUUAUUUCACCACUCUUUCGUCGUUCAAGUAAUUUAGGAGAAAAAGAGAGUGAUUGUGUUGGAUUGUGAAAUGACAA